AUGGCAGCUCCUAUGGACCAGAGAAUUAAUGUUCCAAUAGACGAUCCAAAUGCAGACACGGAAUGGAAUGAUAUUCUGCGAGCAAAGGGAAUAAUUCCCGAGAAACCUCCUUCCCCUACACCCCUCAUCGAAGAAGCUAUUUUGGAAGGACGCCGUCUUGCGCAUGAGAACCGACUUGAGGGCAAGGAUCUUGAUGAACUCGAUGCUCUCGAGGAUGAAGAGGACGAUGCAUUCCUCGAGCAGUAUAAAAAACAACGAAUGGCAGAAUUAUCGUCAAUAUCGAAGAAAGCCAAGCACGGCGCAGUAUAUCCAUUGUCGAAGCCUGACUACCAGAGAGAGGUUACCGAUGCUAGCCAAGAUUCUCCAGUAUUGGUCAAUCUUACAAGUGGGUUGGGCACGAAUGUGGAGAGUAGGGUUUUGACAGAGUUGUGGAGAAGAGCAGCUGCAGAGUUUGGGGAAGUGAAGUUCUGCGAGAUGAAGGGUGACAUGGCCAUUGAAGGGUAUCCAGAUAGGAAUUGUCCUACAAUACUGGUGUACAACAAAGGAGACAUUGUGAAACAAGUGGUUACAUUGAUGACUAUGGGAGGUGUACGCGUAGGAAUGGCAGAGAUUGAUAAGCUUUUGAUCGAAAUUGGAGCUAUCAAAGACAAUGAUAUGAGAGUUACGAAGCGGAGACGUGAUGCGGAGGAUGAAGAGGAAGAGCGUCAAGAGAAGGGUGGCAUUCGAGGUUCGAAACUGGCUAAUGCAGAGAGUGACGACGAUGACGAUUGGUAG